CCUGGAGUGUGAGGGCGUUCCUGAAACAUACCUCCACUGCUUGAGGGACUGUGAAAUAGAAAAGAGUGUGGAGCAAAGUGGUUCCAAGUGAAAGCCAAUCAGAUUUUUUCAAUUGCAAUUAUGAGACAUGGGUGAUGUCUAAUGUUGCUAAUGAUUCGCAAAGUAACGGGAGAGGAAAUUGGGCCUCCUAUAUCAGCCUGGUGUUAUGGUACAUUUGGAAAUGCCGGAAUGACAGAGUCUUCAAUGGCAUCAAGCUCUCCCACUCGACGAGGCUCAAUUAUGUCACAGCCAAAGCGAAUGAAUGGUUGAAAACCUGGGACGCAGCUAGCGCAAGACUUGAUCUUAACUCCAAGCCUGCAAGAACUGAGACCCUGAUAGGUUGGGUAGCUCCAGCCACUGGAUGGUGGAAGCUCAAUACUGACGGGGCUGCUCAAAGUAAUCCCGGUAUGGCCACUGCAGGAGGUGUCCUGCGGAAUUGUUGGGGUGACUGGAUUAGCGGUUUUUGUAGCAAGCUUGGCACGGGCUCGGCUCUCCUUGCCGAAUUGUGGGGCAUUUUACAAGGCCUUCAGCUUGCUUGGCGAAAGGGAGCUCAGUUUCUCAUCCUUGAAUCUGACUCUCAGUCAGCUUUGAAUUUGAUUGAACAACGUUCAGACCCAGUGCAUCCUUACUCGAUGAUUCUUGGAGCCAUUCGCCGCAUGAUAGCGCAAAGUUGGGUGGUUCAACUUGUUCACACGUACAGGGAAAGGAAUAGAGUCACGGACUGGCUCUCGAAGCACAGUCUCGUCUAUCCCUUCGGUACGCAUGAACUAGAUAAACCCCCAACUAGUCUUCUUUCGAUGCGGCAGGAUGAUGUUCGGGGAGUCAGCUUCCCGCGAUAGGUUGUGGAGAAUAUUUAGGGUUGUUUUGUCCCUGUUUUAGCUGCCUGUUUCAGGUCUAGGAGUACCUUCUGUUGCUUCAGUUUGUUAAUCUGUUAAGCUGGUAUGGGAGGCUUGUGAGAAGCUUUUUUGGCUACAAGGUUUGCGCCCUGUCUGCUUCCUGAACUCUGUUCUACGGAUACUCUUGUAACUCUCGGCUGCUUUUUAGCCUCCAUUUAAUAAAUAAAAAAAAUUCAG